AGUCAGCAUACAAAAACCGGAAGUUUCUUCUAGCCUGGCAAGACGCACGUUAGAUGCCAAUAGGACACAUUUCACUCAAAAUGAUUGGUAAAAUAGUCGGUGAGAAGUACGUGGCCAUUGCCAGAACAUGGGUACCCACUCUGGCUGUGUGGGGCUCAGUUGGAGGUGUAGCUCUGGUCCACUUCACAGACUGGCGGAUUAUUUUGGAUUAUGUUCCAUACAUCAAUGGCAAAUUCAAAAAGGAUGAGUAAUGGCACCCAGGUCGGUGCUGCUUUUCACACAAAGACUUAACAAAAAAGGACUGCUGCAGCCGGUACCUUGCACUUUUGUCCACCUGCGUGCCAGGCCACUGGAAGCCCGGGAUCUUCACUCCGCAGCUCUGUCAACAUUAAACUAUACAUUACCAACAUCCAACUUGAAAUGCACCAUGGUUUGGCAUUUCAACUUUUUCUCCACCCGUGAGAAAGUGAAUGGAAGGAAAAUGAAACAGAGAUGAUAAAUGGACUCUUGUUUUUGUUUUCCUACUCGGUUUGGGGGCAGGUAUUAAUUUUAAUCAUCAAUCCUCUGUUUGACGCGGAUCAAACCUGACUCACAAAAUACAAAUCUGUCUUUUGUGUCAUGCUGCAAUUGUUUUGGUGAGAAGAAGUAAAGUAUGUGAGAUAUAUCUUA